AUGGAUAGUAUGGAGGAUAGUGGCUUUGACAGUGAUCCAAAGCCAGCCUCUCAAACAGAUCAAUUCAAAACACCAACAUCUGCAUCCGAAAAUCCAAACAAUGGAAAGAAUACUGCUCAUAUAAAAGCUCUUCGAAAAGCAUCAGAACUACAGAAAAAAAUUGUGCGUCAGAGAGAACUUGCACGGAAAGCACAAAGCUUGACAAUCGAUCAACAGCCAAAACGAUCCUUUUUGUCAAGAAACAGAUUAUCUGUGCCCACAAAAAAUGACAGCAGUGGUCCAUUUAGUCAAGAUCAGCAACCUUUGGUUGCAAUUAUGUCUGAUGAUAGUAGUGAAGAUGAUGACUUCACUGCCCAUCUGUCCAAAACUGCACACAGAGAGAUUACAGAGCAACUAAUCAAAGAUGGUUACAAUCUUGACCUUGAACCUGAUGAUGAGGAUCUUGAUCUUAUCCCACCACGACCCAUGAAUGAGCGAUGUAUCUGUUGCCAACUGCAUUCCAAUUGUGCUCUACAAUGA